AUGUCAAACUCCACUAUGCCGCUGGGUGAUGGCUAUACUGCUCCAGCUGGGUCUAUUAGACCCAAGAUGCCCAGGCUUCGCACCUUGAAGACUUUCAACCUACCGCAACAACAGGUAGACGAGGUUCUACUGUCGGCAUCAUCUAUGCUCCCAACGCCAACUUCCGAAAUCUUGGAGGGACAUCCGCUUAGGAUCCUGGUAGCACCUUCAGGAUUCAAAGAGAGCCUUGGCCCAGAGCAAGUAGCCGAUGCAAUCGAGGCAGGCAUUCGCAAGGUGUUGGACCGCAACUCUGUCAUUCUGCGCAAACUCCCCCUUCACGAUGGCGGUGAAGGAUUUGCCCGCGCUUUGGUCGCAACUCAUGGCGGAACUAUCUCGGAGAUGACAGUCACUGGCCCUAUUGGGGUGCCCGUCGCAUCCCACGUCGGUUUCCUUGGUGGAGACCAAAAGACUGCCGUCCUUGACAUGGCUGCCGCUGCAGGUCUCCGCCUUGUUCCGAAAGACUCACGCGACCCAACGGUCACAACAACUUACGGUGUUGGAGAACUGAUACGGAGAGCCCUCGAUGCCGGCAGUACCAAGAUCCUUAUUGGAUGUGGCGAUUCAGGGACGUCCGAUGGCGGUGCUGGUAUGCUCCAAGCACUUGGCGCACGCCUCCUCGAUGCAAAUGGUAAAGAGCUGCCCAGAGCAGGUGGUGGCCAGUCAUUGACGCAGUUGGACCGCAUAUGCUGGUGUGGUAUACAUCCCAGACUCCGUAAAGACGCUGAGAAGAAGGUAUCCAUUGAAGCGAUAUGCAACAUCAAGAAUGUUCUUUGCGGCCCCAAAGGCGUCGCAAGAGUAUAUGGUCCUCAGAAGGGUGCUACUCCGUCGCAAGUAGAUGUCCUUGCAGCCGCACUUGAGCGCCUGGCACAAGUAGCCCAGAAGACCCUCGGUCAAGAUAUUUCGCGCGCUCCAGGCAGCGGUGCAAGCGGAGGUUUAGGAACGGGUUUGAUGAUGAUCGGCGGCAAGUUGCGCGCACGAGCAGAAGCCAUCAAUGAGUACUUUGAGCUCGACCGCGUCUUCGACAACCGAUGGGACUUCGUCAUCACUGCCGAGGGUAGCCUAGAUUUCCAAUCGCCAAACGGUAAAAUGACGACAGAGGUCGCUCGCCGAGCGAAGCGUAGCGGUGCGCAAGUGGUAGCGUUGGCUGGUACGAUCGGAGAGGGAGCAGAUGGCUGCUAUGGCGCCGGCAUCAAGGCCUAUACAAGCAUCCUCAAGGGACCCUUGACGCUAGAAGAAGCAAUCGUGCAGACUGAUACGCUCUUGAGAGAUGGAGCCGAGAAAGUCAUGAGAAUGAUCAUGGUUGGACUUGCUCUUGGAAGGAGAAAUGUGUAG